GAGCUUCUUUCCGGAAACUAGACGUCUAGAAGUGCGGAAGUGAGGCUGGCGCCAGUGGGUCCGGUUGCUUAAGCAGGCAUGAAGAUCACCAGGCAAAAACACGCCAAGAAGCAUCUCGGCUUUUUCCGCAACAACUUCGGAGUCCGCGAGCCAUACCAGAUCCUUCUGGACGGCACUUUCUGCCAGGCGGCGCUGCGGGGUCGCAUCCAGCUGCGGGACCAGCUGCCCCGCUACCUUAUGGGAGAGACCCAGCUGUGCACCACGAGGUGUGUGUUAAAGGAGUUAGAAACACUGGGACAGGAAUUAUAUGGAGCAAAACUGAUUGCCCAGAAAUGCCAGGUUCGGAACUGCCCUCAUUUCAAGAGCCCAGUGAGUGGGUCUGAAUGUCUCCUGUCCAUGGUGGGUGAGGAGAACCCUCACCAUUAUUUUGUGGCCACACAGGAUCAGAACUUAUCCGUGAAAGUCAAGAAAACUCCUGGAAUUCCUCUCAUGUUCAUUAUUCAGAACACUAUAGUGCUGGACAGGCCUUCUCCCAGGACAGUGGCCUUCGUGAAGGCGGUGGAGGCAGGCCAGCUGGUCUCAGUGCACGAGAAACAAAGUAUCAAGCAACUCAAGGAGGAGCAGGGCCUGGUGCGGAACCCUGAACUGAGGAGGAGGAGGAAAAAGAAGAAGGUGGGCGGCCCCAAUCCUCUCAGCUGCCUGAAGAAAAAGAAGAAAGCACAGGAUACAAAGUCCCCUGCUUCGGAAAAGAAAAGGAAAAGGAAACGGAUUCGGAACAGAUCCGCCAGGAAAGUCUCUCCUGUACCUGCUGAGCAGCAGGGUGCGGAAGGGUGAUGGGUGGCAGAGGAGACUCUGCAAGGCAGUGUGAAAACUGACUUCCUUUUCAAACUGUGAACAUGUUCAUACCAAAGGACUAACUUAUUUUUGUAAACUAAUACUGGCGCAUACACUUUUUCCAAAAUUAAAGAAUGGUUGUGUUUGUCA